AUGGCUACUAUAAGUGGGUCAGAGACGUUUUUACCCCUGGCCCUAAUGGAUAAGUGUAUUGGAAGUAAAAUAUGGAUUAUGAUGAAAGGUGACAAGGAAAUAGUUGGAAAACUAGUUGGUUUUGACGAGUAUGUUAACAUGGUGCUGGAAGAUGUUACCGAAUAUACUUAUGUAAACAACAUUAAAAAAGUAAAUAAAAUUAAAAAGUUAUUAUUAAAUGGUUUAAAUAUAACAAUAAUGGUUCCAGGAGGAUCACCAGUAAAUUAUUACGAUCAUGAAGAAAAGUUGGAAGAAAAUAUUGCUUGA